GACAGAGAGAGACGGAAACACCUGCAGAGCCGGAGCAGGACCUGACGGAGAGCCUCAUUCAGACUUCAGACUGUGAAAGCAACACACACAACCUAAAACACAGUUGUUUGCUCCUGCCUCCUCUCUCCAGAGGGUCUGGGGGGGUCCCAGGAGUGUGUGUCUGCAUAAGCUGGGAGGGUGUGUGUUUUUCAUGUGUUGAUGAGUGUGUGGGUGUCUUGCGUCACUUUUCAUGGGACAUUGAGAGAUGCGUGUGUCACAGCGUCGGCGGACGGGCUAUAGGGGGCCGUGCUCCCCCGCCUCCCCCCUGAUCCUCCUCCUCCUCCUCCCUCUGUCCUUCCUCUCCUCCACGCCUCCGCUUGCUCAGGGAGCCAUCCACAUCCCCAAAGACUAUAAAGUGCAGAACAUGUCACAGCCUCCGGUGUUGACAGAGAUGCCGACAUCGUACACAGCCUUUUCUCCAGAAGACAUCAAUCUGCCCUGUGAGGCCUCCGGUAACCCAACACCCAUUUUCCGCUGGGUGAAGGACGGGAAGGCGUUCGGGUCGCAGCAUGCAGGAUCCGGGACGCUGCGAGCCGAAGAAGACGAGCCCCUCACGUCGUACGAAGGCCUUUACCGCUGCUACGCCUCCAACACCCUGGGGACCGCCAUGACACAAACCAUACAGGUCAUCGUGGAGGCCCAACCGGUUCUGCUAAAACAACAGAAAGUACGAAAGGCAGCGUUCGAAGGAGACAGCAUCGUCCUGCUCUGCAACCCCCCAGAGAGCUCCACCCCUCCUCACAUCCACUGGAUGGACAAGAAGAUGGUGCACAUCAAGCAGAGCGACAGAGUGAUGGUCGGCCUGGACGGGAACUUGUACUUCUCUAAUCUCCUGAAGAGCGACAGCAGAGACGACUACAUCUGCAACGCCCAGUAUUCAGCAGCCAGGACCAUCCUCCCAGAGUCUGCCGUCACCCUCACUGUCAAGCCCAGUAAUGACUUCAUUAAUGGUAGAAAACCUCACUUCUUCCGUCCCUCUGGCUCCCACAGCUCGGUGCUGGCCCUCCGGGAGCACAGCGUCAUCCUCGAGUGCAUCCCCAGAGGCUUACCCACUCCAAAGGUGGAAUGGAAAAAGAAGGACGGCAGCCUGGAUGAAACAACCGGCCAGCUGGACAGCCACGGCCGGUGGCUUCGCUUCGACAGCAUCACGCUGGAAGACGACGGCGAGUACGAGUGUAGAGCCUUCAACGACCACGGCUCCGUCACGCACUCCUUCACCGUCACUGUGGAAGCGGCUCCCUACUGGGUGAAGGAACCUCAGAACCUGCUGUACGCCCCUGGAGAAACUGUGCGACUGGACUGUCAGGCUGAAGGCAUCCCGACCCCCGUCAUCACCUGGAGCAUCAACGGUCAGACGGUCACAGAGGUGGAUGAUGACCCUCGUCGGAGCGUCUCAGGUGGUGUGUUGAUACUGAGGGACGUUGAAUUUGCUGACACGGCGGUGUAUCAGUGUGAGGCCACCAACAAUCACAGCUCCAUCCUCCUCAACACCUACCUCUACGUCAUCGAGCUCCCCCCUCAGAUCCUGUCCUCUGAUGGGGUGGUGUACAGAGUCACUGAGGGUGGAAGCGUCAGGCUGCACUGUCAAUCCUUUGGCUCUCCACGACCACACGUCACAUGGGAAGGUGAGGACAGGCUGCCCUUGCUGUCCGACCCCCGCGUCUCCCUGCUGACCAAUGGGACAAUCGAGCUGUCCGACGUCAGUCACGAUGACAGUGGAGUGUACACCUGCUCCGUCAAACACAACAACAUCUCCAUCACGGCUCACCUGGAAGUCUUCAAUCGGACGGGGAUACUGACGAGACCCCGGGACGUCCGUGCACUCAGAGGAACCAGCGCUCUGCUGGACUGUCACUUCUACAAAGACCCUCAGCUGCUCAAGUACCAGAUCAUCUGGAGGAAAGACGGACAAAAACUGCAGGAAUCAUCACCCGAUGACAAGUACACCGUCUUUGAGAAUGGCACCCUGAAAGUGACAGACGUCCAAUCAAAUGACAACGCACCUUACUCUUGUGAGGUCAUCACGGAUCUGGACCAUGUGGAGGCCACUGGCUCCAUCACGGUGGAAGCACGGCCGGACCCUCCCAAAGAUCUGUCUCUGUCUGACGUUGAAGACCACAGCCUCACUCUCAGCUGGAUCCCUGGAGACUCUAACAACAGCCCCGUCAUAGAGUUCAUCGUGGAGGCCCGGGAGGAGCAGCACACGGAGAUGGGGAAGUGGAGGUGGGAGGAGUGGAAGAGAGUGCCCGGGGACUUCAACCACCUGCAGCUGACGCUCCACCCUUACUGCACCUACCGCUUCCGAGUUACCGCCGUCAAUGAGCUGGGCUCCAGCGACCCCAGCGGGCCCUCAGACCAUCACAGCACGCCGCCGGCUGUUCCUGACAGAAACCCCACUGGUGUCCACAGUGACUCCACAGACCCGAACACUCUAACCAUUACAUGGGAUGAAAUGGACAAGCGGUCCCACAACGGGCAGGGCUUCCUGUACAAGGUGUCAUGGCGGGAGGCUGGGGGAACGAACGUACACUGGAACCAUGCCGACACACAGUCGCCACCAUUCUUGGUUAACAACACGGGAACGUACACAGCGUUUGAGAUCAAAGUCCAGGCUGUCAACUCACUCGGACAAGGACCGACGCCGGAGCCCAAGAUCGGACACUCUGGAGAAGACAUGCCUGAGGAAGCUCCUACUGGAGUUGAAACAAACGUGAUGAACAGCACAGUCAGAGUCACGUGGAACGAAGCCCAGAAUGUCCGUGGUCUGCUGCUGGGAUAUAAGAUCUACAUCAGGAGGUUGGGUCCCCAGGGGGGGCGAGGCCGGAGGUCUCUUGGAAAACAGCACCAUGAGGAGGAGAAAGAGGAGAGGUUGGAGCGAGGGAAGGAGAGGGACAAGGAGAGCAGGGUGGUGGUGGUCCACGGCAUGAAGAACUCAGAGGACGUGACAGGGAUGCGGCUGUAUUCUCACUAUGAGCUGUCUGUCACCGCCUUUAACAGCAAAGGCGAGAGCCCCCACUCCCCACCGAACCACUACAUCACCCCAGAGGGAGCUCCUGGUCCUCCUGCAUCACUGAGGUUUGACAGCCCAUCAGAUAAAUCCCUGAUUCUCUACUGGACCCCUCCACUUGAGACCAAUGGCAUCCUGCUGGGAUACAUGGUGCAGUAUCAGCAGGAGGUGGAGAGCAGAGACAGCCCAUUGCAGAUGGAGAUUAUCAGCGAUCCCAGUGUGACUCACAUUGAGUUGGACCCUCUGGACCCCAGCAGCCAUUACAUCUUCAAGGUGAUCGCACGCACCGCCGCUGGAGACGGACCUCCCAUCACACGGAGGGGCGCCACCCUGCUCGAAGGAGUUCCCCCAUCCAACAUCACCAUAGUUCCCAGUAACAUGUCACUCAACCUGAGCUGGGUGCCCGGAGAGCGAGAAAGGAACCACGGCUUCCGCAUCCACUACCUCAAGAAGAGCCCCGGGGGUCAGUGGGAGGAGUCAGAGGUCGUGAACUCCACACAGGGUUUCUAUUCGCUGACAGGGCUCCAACCAGGAACCCAGUACCAUCUUAUGAUCAUUCAUGGAAACUACACUCUGUGGGAAGAGGUGGCGUGGACCACAGGACCAGUGCCGACAGAGAUGCCCGGUGGGUUCGCCGCCCAAGGUUGGUUGAUAGGACUCAUCAGCGCCAUCGUGCUGCUGGUGCUGAUACUGCUCAUCCUCUGCCUUAUCAAACGCAGCAAGGGCGGCAAAUACGCAGUGAAGGACAAAGAAGACAAGGAGGUGGACUCUGAAGCUCGGCCAAUGAAAGAUGAGACCUUUGGAGAGUACAGAUCCCUGGAGAGCGAUGCAGACGAGAAGCGCUCGGACAGCCAGCCGUCCCUCUGCGGGGAAAGUAAACUGGGCAGUGACGACUCCCUGGCUGAAUACGGAGACAGCGUGGACAUCCAGUUCAACGAGGACGGCUCGUUCAUCGGCCAGUACAGCGGCCGGGGGCCUGUUCCCCACGGCAACGAGAGCUCUGGUCCCGCCUCGCCCGUUAAUGCUGUCCCGCCUCCCCCCAUCGCCCCAUCCAUGUCGAGCAUCCUGAACCGGCCCAGCUAGACACCCACACACACAUAAACACAUUACAGAAAAAUACACACACACAUAUACACUGCCUGCCUGCAGCAAAACACAAAGGGACAGACCACUCCUGACUCCACUGCCUGCAAUGUCAUAGUGCAACACACACACACACACACACACACACACACAGUCUCAGUACAUUCCACAGGUUUAUGCAGUGAAGCUGUUUACAGGAUGUCUCACCUUUUCUACAACCAGUUUACACACACACACACACACACACAAACAGAAAUACACACACACACACGCCUACAAACACAUAAAGACAUUAGACAACUCUUUACUCGUCUCUCGGAAAGACAGACGGAGGGACGUGGAGGACGGGAGCCGGUUGCACCAGCUGUUCCCUUAAACUUUGUUUAUCAAAUCGAACUUUCAUUUGCGCGUCACUGAAUUAAAGCGAGCUGCAGCACACAAAUGAUUAGCUGCUGCUAAACGUUUACACCCUGUAGCUACCCGUAGCUUUGCCUGCUACAAGAAUAAAAACUCAACAUGUGAGCAGUCAAUAUGUGACCAUUUCUGCCUGUUAUCGAUGCUGCAAUUGACUUCAUGUUUACAUUUUUGAAAGCUUUCUGAUUGGACACUGCCACAGAUGUUACUUGGUAACCGAUUUACACGUGACCGACGGCUUUAAUGAACACUUAUAUUUAAUGGGGCUCGUAGUUACGAACAGUUUAAGAAGGUUUUUACACACAAACGUAGUGACGGGUUCACAAACAGCUGGUGCAACGAAGUCCAGGAGAGGAAGAUGAUGGCUGACGUGCUGAAGAGUGAGAAAAAAGUAAAGGGAUAACAGUCAUUUCUUGUCUUCACCACAUUAUUUCAUCUUGUACAAACACUUAAGUCUCAUUAACACAUUUAAAGUCACCUUUGUUUUUCUAGAAACCAUUCUCAGUUCUGUUUCUCACUUUCUGUGCAUCAUUUUCACUCUGAGUCUCUUUGUUUUUGCUGUUUGCAAGCUAUUUAUUUGUGUUUGUGUGCAUGCGUCUGGGAAUGAUCUUGCUAUUUAUUGAUGUGUGCGCAGCUGUCAAACCUAAGAUGCAUGCCCCUCCCUGAGGCAUUUAAAAGUCAUUGAGUUGAUAUUUGGUGCGUGAGUUUAAAGAGUGACUGGGACCUUGUGUGUGUGUGUGUGUGUGUGUGUGCGCUCGUGUGUGUGUGUUUGUCCAUGCUCUCCAUCCCUGCCCUGUAACACGCAGCGAUGGGAGAUCUGUUGCCUUAAGAGAGCCUCCUCUCCUCCCUCCUCCUGUCCAUCCACCUGUCAAUCAUCCAUUUCUCCUGACACACACGUUCCUCCUCCAUCAUCCUCGUGUUUGCUCAGCAGGUAAAAUGCAGAACACGGAUUUUACGGCGGCCCUGAGGGCUCACACCACUGCAAACACAAACACAAAGACGAAGCAGCUUCAUUCAGAUGAGAUUGCAUGAGUCUCAUAUUAGGUAUCAUUUGAAUUUGAUUAACAGCAAAUAUCUUUAAUAUAUUUGAAUCAUCAUCAGAGUGGAAACAAAACAACAUGCUCAUUUACUGAACACCACUGACUGACAGUUCAACUUCAUGAGCAACAACCCAGGUGUGUUCGUCUCCCUGGGAAACAGUUAUUUUCUAAUUAAUUUAGUUUUGUGUGACUUGCAGCACAUUUUCUUCCAAAAGCUGUUCUCUGAUCAGUUUUUUUGAGUUGCAGUGCACAGAGCUGUCAGGGCCGACGUACAGUGUGAUUACAGACAGAAAAACACCCCUAUGCACGCACACACACACACACACACACACACACACACACAUCUAUACUAAUGCAUAAAAAUGGAGGCCUAUGGAAACUCUGUAGCAAAACCAUAUAGGACCCUCUGAAGGAGAGAGGGAGGAUGGAGGAAGAGGAGGAGGAGGAGCUGGCAGUCAUAGAGAAUCUGACGUAUCGCUCUCUGAAUGUAAAUACAACCUUGAGAUUGUCAUUUUUUUAUUUCCAUUGCUUCUUUUAUAAGAUGAUCAAAUUGUAAUUUUUUUUAUUGUGCUCUGUUUGGUUUGGUGCUGCGGCGCUCCUUCACUGACCUGCUGCAGCCUUUGUAUCAUACACCCCCGCCCCCGCCCCCACCCCACACCAUCGUCCCCUCUUAGUUUUUCCUCUUGUGUCGAUUAGUAGCCCAGAGACAUUUAGAGAAGACUAGAAUCAUAGCGAGAACAACCACCCUCCUCCAUCGACUUUCUUUAUAGCUCUUAGAGAUGCAGCAGAUGAUAUUGAUUAUUAAGACGUCCUGUCAUAAAUGUCAACAUUUAUACACCUCGCCGGGGCGGUGCUGUUUUAAUGGACACGGGCGAGAUGCGUCGAUGUCUUCUGCAGCCCUGGAUGGUGCGAUACUGCAAAUCAAUCUUAAUACUUAGAGGGUUUAUUUUUGUGGCCUCACCCUGUCAGACAAACUCAGUUUGACGAAUGAUGCGAGGCAGGAUGUCCAACCAGGGGCUUCCCGUGUGUUUGGACCCAGAGCUGGAGUUUGUUUCUAAUGUUUGUGGAGCAGAGAGGGACUGGAGGGACGAGCCUGAUGAGUCAUGUCACACACACUGAGCACUCAUGAUGCUGUUUACCGUCUAUUUUUAUGACUGUCAGCAAAUCCCACGAAAAGACUGAAACCAACAAUGUGUUAGUCCGUCUCUCAGUGCCGUCUGACUUCCUGUCUGUGGCUCUCAGCUCCGAGCCCAUUGGUUCCUGGUGAGGAUGUAAAUCUUUAAAUUAUCUUCAAAAAAAGGUUCAGUCAUUUCCUGAAACAGCUGCUCACUGUAACUUAACACACAAACAGGAGGAAGAGGAGUAUUUGUUGGGGACUAUUUUUAGUGGCGGAUUAAUCACAUUUGGUGCUGUAGUGCUGUGGGACUGAGCCAUGAAUGAUGCUGAUGAAGGAACAUGUCAGCCUGAGGAACAGUGAGGCUCAUUGAUGUGUUUUAAUGGAGCUCUGCGGCUCAGAGGAAGAAGAUCUAUCAGACGUCGAGACAUUCAUUUCAUUCCUGAGAAAAACUUUCUCAGUUGCCUGGAAAGAAAAAACACAUUCUUACAGGGUGACAUGUCGAGCUGAUAAAUCACCACUGGUGUAUAAAUCACAGCAGUCAGCUCCUCUACACUAAGUCUUCACACAGUGUCUCCACGUGGUUUCAGAUGAGAGCUCAGUCCACAGUGACAUCUUGUAUUCUUCCUCCUGACAGAAGGCUGACGUGGAGAGGAAACAAGUUUACGAAGUUAGCCGGCUUACUCUGAGUUUGAGAAGGAAGGUAAACUCAAAUGGGCGCAGGGCCUCCGUCACUGUAAUAACCCCCAGUCCAACAUGUUGCCUUGUUCAGCGUCUCCCUGGUCUCGGUCCAGCUCCGGUCUGUCUCUCUGCUCCGGACGCUGACUGUACAGCUGUCUGUCUGUCCGAUGCCUGUCUGUCUGUCUCUGUUGCAGCCUUCUUUUAUACGUAUAAACACGUUGGGAAAAAACAGAAAAACCUGUAAAAAAAAAAAAAAGACAAAAAACUUUAGGUAUAAAUAAUAAGAAUACUGCUAAUGAUAACAACAGUGCUACUAUCAGCUGCGAUGACGCGGUCAGUAUUGUCAUCAGUAGCCAUGAUAUGACAUGAAUCAGUAUCACAGGAUCUAGCAGGGACGUGAUAACAGUGGAGUG